AUGUCCAAGAAGGGCGCGGGCAGCCGGGCCAAGGGGGACAAGGGGGAGGCUCUCACCGCACUGCAGGCCGCCAACGAGGAGCUGCGAGCCAAGCUCACGGACAUCCAGAUCGAGCUGCAGCAGGAGAAGAGCAAGGUGAGCAAGGUGGAGCGGGAGAAGAACCAGGAGCUGCGGCAGGUGCGUGAGCACGAGCAGCACAAGAGCGCGGUCCUGCUCACGGAGCUCAAGGCCAAGCUGCACGAGGACAAGAUGAAGGAGCUGCAGGCCGUGCGGGAGACGCUGCUGCGGCAGCACGAGGCCGAGCUGCUCAGGGUCAUCAAGAUCAAGGACAACGAGAACCAGCGGCUGCAGGCGCUGCUGCACGCGCUGCGGGACGGCGCGCCUGACAAGGUCAAGACCGUGCUGCUGUGCGAAGCCAAGGAGGAGGCCAAGAAGGGCUUCGAGGUGGAGAAGGUGAAAAUGCAGCAGGAGAUCUCGGAGCUGAAGGGGGCCAAGAAGCAGGUGGAGGAGGCACUGACACUGGUUAUCCAGGCCGACAAGAUCAAGGCCGCGGAGAUCCGGAGCGUGUACCACCUGCACCAGGAGGAGAUCAGCCGUAUCAAGAAGGAGUGCGAGCGCGAGAUCCGCAGGCUGAUGGAGGAGAUAAGAUUUAAGGACAGAGCAGUCUUCGUGCUGGAGAGAGAGUUAGGGGCGCAAGCCGGGCACGCUCAGAGGCUGCAGCUGCAGAAGGAGGCUUUAGAUGAGCGGCUCUCCCAGGUCAGAGAGGCCGAUCGGCACCUGGGCAGCCCCAGACGGGAACUUCCUUAUGCAAGCGGUGCAGGAGACGCCUCAGACCACCCGGGAAGCCCUGAACAGCAGUUAGAUGAAAAGGACGCCCGGCGCUUCCAGCUUAAAAUCGCGGAGCUGAGCGCCAUCAUCCGCAAGCUGGAGGACCGCAAUGCCUUGUUGUCGGAGGAGAGGAACGAGCUGCUAAAGCGUUUACGAGAAGCUGAGAGUCAGUACAAGCCACUCCUGGACAAAAACAAACGCCUGACCCGAAAAAAUGAAGACUUGUCUCAUGCUCUGCGGCGAAUGGAGAACAAGUUGAAGUUCAUCACCCAAGAGAACCUCGAGAUGAGACAGCGAGCCGGCAUCAUACGAAGACCCAGCUCUUUAAACGACCUUGACCAAAGCCAGGACGAGAGAGAAGUCGACUUCUUGAAAGUGCAGAUUGCCGAGCAGCAGAGCCUCAUCGACGAGCUCUCCAAGACCCUCGAGACAGCUGGCUACGUGAAGAGCGUGUUAGAACGCGAUAAGCUCUUAAGGUUGCGGAAGCAAAGGAAGAAGAUGGCGAAACUCCCCAAGCCGGUCAUCGUGGAGACCUUCUUUGGAUACGAUGAAGAAGCAUCCCUGGAAUCUGAUGGCUCCUCCAUCUCUUACCAAACUGACAGGACAGACCAGACCCCGUGCACCCCAGAUGAUGACCUGGAGGAGGGUGUGGCCAAGGAGGAGACGGAGCUGCGGUUCCGGCAGCUGACCAUGGAGUACCAGGCGCUGCAGCGAGCAUAUGCGCUGCUACAGGAGCAGGUCGGAGGGACGCUGGACGCAGAGCGAGAAGUUAAGACCCGGGAGCAGCUGCAGGCCGAUGUGCAGAGAGCCCAGGCACAGGUGGAGGACCUGGAGAAGGCGCUGGCCGAGCAAGGGCAGGAUAUGAAGUGGAUUGAAGAGAAGCAAGCACUGUAUCGGAGAAAUCAAGAACUGGUAGAAAAGAUUAAGCAAAUGGAGGCGGAAGAGGCUCGGCUGAAACACGAGGUGCAGGAUGCCAAGGACCAGAACGAGCUGCUGGAGUUCAGGGUCCUGGAGCUUGAGGAGAGGGAGAGGAAGUCGCCGGCCAUCACCUUCCACCACACGCCCUUUGUGGAUGGGAAGAGCCCCCUGCAGGUGUACUGUGAGGCCGAAGGCGUGACGGACAUCGUGGUCCCGGAGCUGAUGAAGAAGCUGGACAUCCUGGGGGAUAACGCCAACCUGACCAACGAGGAGCAGGUGGUUGUCAUUCAAGCCAGGACAGUCCUGACCUUGGCUGAGAAGUGGCUGCAGCAGAUCGAGGAGACGGAGGUGGCUCUGCAGCGGAAGAUGGCGGACCUGGAGCAGGAGAAGGAGCUGUUCAGCAAACAGAAGGGCUACCUGGACGAGGAGCUGGACUACAGGAAGCAGUCAUUGGACCAAGCCCACAAGCACAUCCUGGAGCUGGAAGCCAUGCUGUAUGACGCCCUGCAGCAGGAGGCAGGGGCCAAAGUGGCCACGCUGCUGACGGAGGAGGAGCGCGAGAAGCUCAAGGUGGCCGUGGAGCAGUGGAAGCGCCAGGUCAUGAGCGAGCUGCGUGAGCGGGAUGCGCAGAUCCUGCGGGAGCGCAUGGAGCUGCUGCAGCUGGCACAGCAGAGAAUUAAGGAGUUAGAAGAGAGAAUAGAAACUCAGAAGCGGCAAAUUAAGGAGCUGGAGGAGAAGUUUCUAUUUUUGUUCUUAUUUUUCUCCCUAGCGUUCAUUCUCUGGUCAUAGUGCAUCUCGGCACCCCGAGGCGCUUCCCGAGGAGCCAGGCCCCUUUGCCCCAGCGGGACCAGAACCGGGUGCGAUGUCG